AUGUUGCAAGAGACGAAAAAAAUUGAAUCCAUGCUCUUUAAUUACGAAACGACAUAUAGAACAGACUUUCGUUUUGGCGAAAUUCGCGAAUAUCCAAAGACAAUUUAUGUACCUAAAACUUCACACAAGAAACGCGGAGAACCGCCUUAUAGGAAUAUACAUACUUUGAAUGAAUGGAGGGACAAUGUCAUACCACCAUUCAACCUGUUACACGUACCCAAGGAAGUGGUGAGAACUAACCCCAAUAAUGUGCAGCAACGUUUUGAAAAACCUAUAGACUUAGACCGUGAGCAUGCACAGAAGACACGACCGCGUCUUAUAAUGACACCGGCGGUGAGUAUGGACGACAUAGAAGACGAAAGCGCUCGAAGAAUUCUCUGCACCGACAUGUAUACCAGCGAUAUGAGUCGUAGUAUGCGUGAAGGUAUGGUGCCUUAUAAAAACGUGAAAGCACCAUUGCCUGGACGACCCGCGCCUUCCAAUUGUGUCACAUUACCAACGCUACAACCUCCAUAUGUAUCCCUAGAGUGGAGAAUGGAUUCCAUCACCUGGGAUAGCAAACAGCAUCGUGGUUAUUGCGACCCCACUAAGGAAUUUUGGCUGAGAAGAGAACCGCCUAAGUAUAAGGUGUAUAAAAAAUGAACACAAAACCGAAUACAAUUAAAUGAAAAACAAUAAGAAAGAUUAAGGGAUAGAUCUUGUGACAGCUAG